UUUGCCAUCUUGUCGGGGUUUUACAGGUACUGCAGAAACUGCCAGUGAGUGUGGCAGCUCUGAAACAGGGCAACAUGGGCAAACUGAUCAAGCAGCUAUCAAAACAGGAACAUCCAGAGGUAAAGGAUUUGGCGUGUGAUCUUUUGUCCAAAUGGAUGGCCAUCUUCAAAGAGGGACAAGCAGCCACAAAGUCUCGGCCAGCCGGCUCCGCCUCAGACACUCCCGAGAAAGAAAAGGAGGAAAAAACUGCCGCAUCGUCGACGGCCGCAACCAAGUCUCAAGAUAGUGCACCCUCCACACCCACCAAGAACGACAAGGACAAGAAGGACAAGCCGUCAAAGAAGAAAGACAAGUCUUCGAAGGGGGCCGUAAAUUUGCCCCCCGUGGAAUCCAAGCCUCCCCCGGGACCACUGGUGGCUCUGGGACGACGCGAUAAACCCCUGAAGAGACCCAGGGAUUUCCCCCUCAAGGGACAGCCCCCAGUUGAGAAGAAAAACAAACUGCUAUCCAACUCAGAGGAGAAGAUGAAGGGAAAAGGUCCAGUGGAGAGCGAGGGUUUCAUGAACGCUCUCAGCUCACAGGCCGCCAAGAUGAAGGAGAAGAAAAGAAAGAUCAGCAAACAGCCCAAGGCGCUGUCCCUGGUGUCAAAGACUGGAUCAGGUGGUGUUGUCGCGGGGGAGGCUGAUAGCCCGACCCCAACAUCUGCUGAACCACAGGAACCAAUGGAUACCGGCACACCCACCAGUGACCAGAAAGGGGAGGAGGGGAGCAAGAGGAAGAAGAAGGUUUCGUGGGCAGAAGACUCUAAUCUGGUUAUGGUGCACUACUUUGAGAUGGACGAGUCAGAGAGAGCCAUAAACCGAGAGCAGGGCAGUUUCCUGGAUGCGGCUCAGAGAGAGAAGACGAGGGAGAGGGAGGCCAGAGAGUCUGGACUCAUGUUCAUACGAGACAGACUCAUUGAGAUGAUCUCUUGGCAGCGUCCACAGCGGAAUGAGUCAGUGGUGGAGCUGGUCAAUUACGGAAUCAACAGUGAACAGAGGAAGAUUCAGGCUGAGAGGGAGGAGAAGGUCUUGGCUCAACUCUUCCUCUCCAAAUCCAGCCUCCACCCGUCCCCAGCAGAGCCCGAUGCGGAACCAGACACGGGGAAAUCGGAACCAAAACACAUCCCACUAAUGGAGCCCACAGUGGACGGUCAGCAGCAGAGUUCGCCGACCUUCUCGUCUCCUCCGCACCAGGUGGGCGGAGCUCCUCCUCCUCCCCACAUGACGACGGCAGCUGCCGGGUCGCCCCUCCAAUCUCCUGCUGCCACCAUCCACCAGGCACAGUCACUCAUCAACUCCUUCAAUGAUGGCAAAGGUCACAUGCCACCAGACUCGAGACCACACCCACCUGGCCCUCCCGAUCAGAAUUCCUUCCACCCUCCCCCGGGACCACACCCACCUCCCAAUUUCCAUGGAAACGGCCCCGGAAUGAUGCCUCCCAGUGUUGGGACCGGAGACUUUUACAAUAACUACAAUCAACAGGGGUUUCCCCCUGGAGUCCACAAUCCAGACUGGAACGGUCCCAUGACGGGUGGUUACUACGGCGACUACGGAGGAGGUGCCCCUCCAAUUAGGAGAGGAAUGAGGGGGGGCUAUCGCGGAAGAGGGAGAGGAUUUUCACACGGAUAUGGAAAAGGGCCUCAUGCGGAAGCUUUCUCAAGAUCUGCCGAAAUCACACUUCGUCACCACACGGCGACUGCGUCCGGCACCAAGGUCGUGUCCUCCAGCUGCCACACCGUCGCAGGUGGUCCGGAGCGAAACUGUCGACUCAGCAGGACCCGGCACACCCCAGUCUCUUCACCCCCAAGACACCAGCUCAUUACGGAAGCAAACAGCACGGUAGAGACAACACAGACCGACAUAGCAUGGCGACAUGACUCGGCCGCGGAAUGAUAACUCGGUCAUAGUUUUCAGUGGUACAUUCUAUGGUUGCACGUCUGCAUACUUUCACGCUACUCACCGUCUGUACGUUAGCUCUCCUUCAUCAACUUUACUUGUAUUCCGUACAAAUAUGUAGGUUUGUAGUAUACAUAGUUGUUGUCAUCACGUAACACAGAAUAGUUAUGUAUAUUAAAAAGAACCACACAGCAGUAGAGUAUACGGAACAAUGGUCAUUUUCUAUAUAAUACCAAUCAUAAACAUUCUAGAUCUCUUACAACAAGGAUCUCGUAGAAAACUCAUGCGAAUUGCAACCAGACACUGCAACUGGCACAACUACAUAUCAAGUCGA